CACUGACCCUCUAGACCGGCAUUUCCACGUCAGGUUUAUUAUUGUUUUCGAAUUAAGAUUCUUGAAGCUUGGAGAUGCAUCUCGAGAGCUUGGUGAUACUACUUCUACCCCUGCUCCAGCUCAUCGCUGGAGAUUCGCCAGAGGAGGAGCAAGGCGUUCGCUAUGCCAACCGCUGCGAAGCCUGCAAAAUUCUGGCAGCCGAAUUGGAAGGUCGCCUUGGGGAAACCGGGAAAUCGCACGAUGUUAUUGAGACUGGCUACUCCGUGGACGAUGUGCGGCCCAAGAAACGCACCGAGUACCGCAGGAGUGAGCUACGCCUGUUGGAGUCCCUGGAGAACGUGUGCGAACGGGUUCUGGAGUACAAUCUCCACAAGGAACGGACGGAUAGCACGAGAUUCGCCAAAGGAAUGUCGCAGACCUUCCAAACGCUCCAUGGCCUAGUGGACAAGGGCGUGAAAGUCGACCUGGGCAUUCCCUACGAGCUGUGGGACAAGCCACCCGUCGAGGUUACCCAAAUGAAGACCCAGUGCGAGAAUAUGCUGGAGGAGUAUGAGGACACCAUCAGCGAUUGGUACUUCAAGCUGCAGGACAAGAAGUCCUUGCAGAAACAUCUCUGUGAGGACCAUGUCCUUAGGCUAAAAGCGGAAAGAGAAUGCCUCAAGGAGCAACUGCCACCACCACCGGCCAAGAAACCUAAGAAAGAUAAGCUCAAGGGCGACAAGGAGGAGCUGUGAAGCCAACUAAGAUUAUCCAAAAAGUAGAAAACUCAUUUCCAAAUUAAGGUCUCAUUUUUUUAGAACAAAGCUUAAAGUUUUAACUAGUUUAAGUAUACUCACUCUGUCUCCCGAUUGUAAGCCUUCCACCUCGUCUGAGCCCCGAAAUGUUACUGAAAGUUCUGUGGUGGCUUAUUGAUUUGGCCACGAAUUGGGGUCGACAAUUAAAAGUUCACUGCCC